CCCAGCCCGGCCCAGCCUCGCUCUGAGCUCGGCAGCGGCCGCAGCGAUCCCAGCGCGGCCAUGAAGGGUCCCCUGCGCGAGGGGAUCUUCUCCCGCCACGUCAAACGGCACCCCGGGCUGGUUCCUCUCAUUGGCUUCAUCAGCGUGGGGCUGGGCAGUGCGGUGCUGUACCUGGUGAGGUUGGCAUUGUACAGCCCUGAUGUCAGCUGGGACAGGAAGAACAAUCCAGAACCCUGGAACAAGCUGAGCCCCACAGACCAGUACAAAUUUCUGGCAGUUUCCACCGACUACAAGAACCUCAAGAAGGAGCGGCCGAGCUUCUGAAUCAGCCCUGGGACCGGCUGGGCUGCAGGAGGAGCCCCCCAAAGACCCCCACAAAGAACCCCAAAGACCCCCCAAGCUCCCAAAGCCCCCUAGAGCCCCCCAAAGCUCCCUCAGCCCCCCCAAACCCCGUGGUCCUGUCCCCCACCCCCAAUAAAGCCCAGCCCUGGGGGUGCCCCCCUCACCCUCA